GGUGUCUGUGGGACCAUGAAGAAGAGGAAGAGGAAAGCUGGCAGCGGAUGUAGAAAAAAUUCCAACAUGGAGGUUGAUGGCAUUGAUCAUAUGGAGGUCGGGGAGACUAAAGGUGGCUCAGGUCUCAGACAGUACUACUUGUCCAAAAUAGAGGAGUUACAGUUGACAGUCAACGAAAAGAGCCAGAAUCUCAGACGCCUACAGGCACAGAGGAAUGAGCUCAAUGCUAAAGUGCGUCUCCUUCGUGAGGAGUUGCAGUUGCUCCAGGAGCAGGGUUCCUAUGUAGGAGAAGUUGUUAGAGUUAUGGACAAAAAGAAAGUUUUGGUCAAGGUGCACCCAGAAGGAAAAUUUGUUGUGGAUGUGGACAAAAACAUUGACAUUAAUGAUGUGACGCCAAAUUGUCGUGUUGCGUUACGUAACGACAGCUACACCCUGCACAAGAUUUUACCCAACAAGGUGGACCCUCUGGUGUCCCUCAUGAUGGUGGAGAAGGUGCCGGACUCCACCUAUGAGAUGAUUGGUGGCUUGGAUAAGCAGAUUAAAGAAAUUAAGGAAGUGAUAGAGCUGCCUGUCAAGCACCCGGAGCUGUUUGAGGCUUUAGGCAUCGCACAGCCGAAGGGUGUGCUGCUGUACGGACCCCCUGGAACCGGAAAGACCCUGCUGGCUAGAGCUGUGGCCCAUCACACCGACUGCACCUUCAUCAGGGUGUCUGGCUCUGAGCUUGUCCAGAAGUUCAUAGGAGAGGGUGAGCGUAUGGUGCGUGAGCUAUUUGUCAUGGCCAGAGAGCACGCUCCCUCCAUCAUCUUCAUGGAUGAAAUUGACUCCAUUGGCUCGUCGCGGCUGGAGGGCGGAUCAGGUGGCGACAGUGAGGUGCAGAGGACAAUGUUGGAGCUGCUCAACCAGUUGGACGGCUUUGAGGCCACCAAGAACAUCAAGGUGAUUAUGGCCACAAAUCGUAUCGACAUCCUGGACUCUGCUCUGCUCAGGCCGGGCAGGAUCGACAGGAAGAUCGAGUUCCCCCCUCCGAAUGAAGAGGCUCGGUUGGAUCUGAAGAUCCACUCCAGGAAGAUGAACUUGACUCGCGGGAUUAACCUGCGGAAGAUUGCCAGAGCUGAUGCCCGGCGCCUCAGGGCCGAGGUCAAGGGUGUUUGCACAGAGGCAGGGAUGUACGCUUUGAGGAGCGGCGAGGUUCACGUCACCCAGGAGGACUUUGAGAUGGCUGUGGCAAAGGUUAUGCAGAAAGACAGUGAGAAGAACAUGUCAAUCAAGAAGCUGUGGAAGUAAAAAGGCCUUCAACCGUGUAAUAUCCUUAUUUUGUUUGUAAUUGUUAUAGAAAUUGUGUUGGUGUAAGUAAAUGGUUUCCCUCGUAA